CAUCUGCCUGCUUGGCGCCACCAGCCCGCCAUCAGUUCCUCACGCCAGAGCUCCGCGGACAAGAGAGUGACCACACCCGCGCGAACACGUAGGCGGAGCGGUACAAGAUGCCAAUGGAGAGGUCGGUGUCGCUGGCCGAGAGGAGCACCGCCGCCGCCGCCGCGCCGGCCAACGACCUCCGGUGCCACAGCGCCUCCUACGCCGUCUCCUACGCGCCCACCAAGGUGCAGCGCGCCAGGAGCACCACCUCCCUGUCGCGCCCCGUGGCGGCGACCGCCGUGCAGCGGAGCGGCAGCACGAGGACCGUCUCCGGCGCCGGCCCCACCCCGGGGCUGAACCUCCGGUGCUACAGCGCCUCCUACGCGGCCUCCUACAAGCCUUUCUCCGACGGCGCCGCCCAGGCCAAGGGGCCCAACGCCGCCACCACCACCGCAGCCACCUGGUCCUCCACCGGCCGCCGCUCCCUCAACCUGAGGAGCUACACCCCCUCCUUCUCGGCAUUGGUGGACAACGAGGCCCCGGCCCCGGCCCCGGCCAAGACGGACGAGGCGGAGGCGGAGCUGCAGAGGAAGAAGCGGCUGGUGGCCUACAAGGUGUACGACGUGGAGGGCAAGGUGAAGGGGUCGGUGCGGCGCAGCGUCAAGUGGAUCAAGGUCAAGUGCUCCCGCGCCGUCUACGGCUGGUGAUGAGCCGGCGAUCCGUCCAUCCAGGUUGCUCUGCCUCCGUCUGCUCCCGGUACGACUUGUUGUGCAGCUGAGCUAUACAGUAGUACAGUACGUAUGAGCGCGCGCGUCUUGAUCUUCUCUGCCCUUCUGCUUCCUCCUUUUUCUUUCAUCUUCUUGUAGUAGGAUUUUUGACGGUUUGUUUGUGUGGCAUACGUACAGUAGUGUGAGCGGCGCUUCUCCUGGUGUCCUUCUUGUUGGCCACCGAGAGAAGCUUGCCUGUGUUGUCCUUGUACAUACGGAUCCUUUCCUUCCCUUGUACCAUCAUCUGCUUUGUAAUAUAGACACUAUGUAGAAUAAGAUUGUGUCAGAUGUAAAUGACAUACACAUACUGUUACUA